UGAGCCUUCAACACCUCAACACCUGCACCUGGAUCUCUAGCCAAGCGACAUGGAUAACCGCAGUUUGCUGCUGAGGCUCUCGAUUGUGGUGGCGCUGGUGCUGCUGCUCGUCUGCGUGCCGGAAACGGAUGCGGGAAGCCACCAGAAAAAGAAGAAAAUCGUGAUCCACGUGCCAAUCCACAAGAAGAUCGAGAAGCACAUACACACGGUGGUGAAGCACGUGCACCAUCACCACAAGCCGCUCGUCCUGAAGGAGGAGAAGAAGGUGAUCCACGAGGACCACCGACCCAUCCAGAUACACCAGACCAAGGAGCACAUCCACCACCACGAGAAGCACGACCACCACGACCACCACGACCACCACGAUCACCAUGACCACCACGAGCACCACCACCCACUUCCGCCGUCGGUGGCGCCGCCCGCCCUGCCGGAACUGGAGGAGGAGGAGGAGGAGCACAUCCACCACCACCACAACUACGAGCACAGGGGCGGCCUGCGGGACGACUUCAUCGGAGGCGAUGGGAGCAGCAGCGAGGAGCGCUGACUAUGCAG